CCAAUACACAUCUCUCUCUCUCUCUCUCUCUCUCUCUCUCUUUCAUAAUGACGGCGACUGCGUUUGGAAUCGGCUUGUGGUUGGCCGUUACGGCUUCCUUUCUCUUCACCGCUUCAAACGCCAAAAUCCCCGGCGUUUACAGCGGCGGCCCGUGGCAGAACGCACACGCCACUUUCUACGGUGGUAGUGACGCCUCCGGCACAAUGGGCGGCGCGUGUGGGUACGGGAACUUGUACAGCCAAGGAUACGGUGUGAACACGGCGGCGUUGAGCACUGCUCUGUUCAACAACGGAUUCAGCUGCGGUGCUUGUUUUGAGAUUAAGUGUACUGAUGACCCGAGAUGGUGUGUUCCGGGAAAUCCGUCUAUUCUUGUGACGGCGACAAACUUUUGUCCACCGAAUUUCGCUCAGCCGAGUGACGACGGAGGAUGGUGUAAUCCGCCGCGAGAGCAUUUUGAUCUCGCCAUGCCUAUGUUCCUCAAGAUCGGUUUGUACCGUGCCGGCAUUGUCCCCGUCUCCUAUCGCAGGGUACCUUGUCGGAAGAUAGGAGGGAUAAGAUUCACAGUAAACGGAUUCAGAUACUUCAAUCUUGUUCUGGUAACUAACGUUGCCGGCGCCGGAGAUAUUAACGGAGUUAGCGUAAAGGGAUCAAAGACAGAUUGGGUGAGGAUGAGUAGGAACUGGGGACAGAACUGGCAGUCCAACGCCGUCCUCAUCGGCCAAUCACUCUCUUUCCGAGUCACCGCCUCUGAUCGACGUUCCUCCACCUCAUGGAACGUUGCUCCUUCCACGUGGCAGUUUGGUCAGACUUUCUCCGGCAAAAACUUCCGAGUCUGAAGUCCGAAAACACCCAACAGAUCAAUACUCAGAUGUUAUUUUUAUUUUAUUUUUAAUAUGAGAGACAAAAACAAGAAGAGAGAUGGGACAUUUUCCAGCCCUGGGUUUUCUCUUUAAUUUUCUUAGGAAAAUUCCGGUGGCUUGUGGAAUAUGUUUCCUUUUUUAGUAUUAUUAUCAGCAAAAUUUAUUUUUUAUGUUUGCGAUUUAAUGGUGAUUUGUUUUCUCUUUUCUUUUCUUGAUCCUCAGAAUAAAAGUGCUGCUAGUAUUAGCCAGAGAGUGAUUUGUUUUUCUUUUGGUUAUGUUUCCUUUAGUUAUUUCGUUGGUGGCAUCUUCUUUCUGCUAAUAAGCCAAAGAGUGGGGAACAGUCUUAUGAUCGAGUCGGAUGGACCGUGUAAUAGGCCAUUGGGCCAAUAUAUAUAUAAAAUCUGAAAUUAUAGAUUGCAAUU